AUGGGAUUGCUCGAAGACGAUGCUCAUUGGGAUCAAACUUUAGCAGAAGUCUCAAUUUCUGAUUCAUCUUACAAAAUACGUGAAUUGUUUGCUGUUAUGUUAGUUUUUUGCCAAGUUGGAGAUCCGAUUAAAUUAUGGGAUAAAUAUCGAGAUAAUUUCACGGACGAUAUUAAAAGACGAAUGAGUAGGAAUCGCGAAAACUCUGAGUUAGAUGUUGAUAUUGUUUACAAUCAAUGUUUGAUUAAUCUUGAAGAUAUGGUCAUUGCUAUGUCAGGUAAGACUCUUUUACAAUUUGGUCUCACUUCACCAUCUCGAGAACAAGAAUCUGGUAUUAUUAAUCAACAAUAUUUAAAUGAAUUAGCUUACGACACUGAUAAGUUAACCGAAGAAGUGAUAAAAAGUGUUCCGAUACUGAAUAAAGAACAGAAAGGAGCAUAUGAAUCUAUAUUGAAUAGUGUCGUUUCUGAUUCUGGACGAUUGUUCUUCCUUGAUGCUCCUGGUGGAACGGGAAAAACAUUCUUGAUUAAUUUGUUGCUUGCGAAAAUUAGAAGUGAAAAAAGUAUUGGUAUUGUUGUUGCUUCUUCAGGAAUUGCGGCUACUUUAAUUGACGGAGGCAAAACAGCUCACUCGACAUUUAAAUUACCUCUUGAAAUGAAUCAUUCUGAUAAUAUUCUAUGCAAUAUUUCUAAGCAGAGUUAUAUGGCUCACGUUAUCAGAGAAGCAAAACUGAUAGUAUGGGAUGAAUGCACUAUGGCUCACAAAAAUGCUAUUGAAGCUCUCAACAGAACUCUUAAGGAUAUAAGAAAUAGUGACCGAAUAAUGGGUGGAAUAACUGUUGUUUUAGCUGGUGACUUCAGACAAACUUGA